AUGACCGUAACGAACCCUGUAACUGCCACUUCUUCAAUUUCAAAGAAGACAACAACUACCACAGAAGCACCACCUCCACCGCCUUCACCUCCCGUGUACAUGCUCAAAAUUGCAGCUAGGAAAGGGUUGAGGAGCGUGAGUGACUGGACACUUCUGAAGAGCUUUAGUCACUUUAGAGUCUUCGAGGAAUACCGCCGGAGAAACGGAAAAAGCAGUUGAAGAAGAUGGGAAAUAUGAUGAAAGUGGAGGUGAUUUCGAAGAGUCAGUCGAAGAAAUUGCACAACACGUACCGAAAAGUGAAUGUUUCACAAGAUGCGCCUGCGUUGGAUAUGUUCGAAGUGAACGAGCGGGCCGGACUGAAUGACUAUCUGUUCCAGGGAGAUAUCAAUUUGGACGAGUGAGUAUCAACAAACAUACUUCUGAAAAAGAUCGGAUUAACUUCAGAUCUCAAAUAUCUGAACUCACUUCGACUUCAACAAGUUCCCGGAAGAAGAGACAGAUUCAGAAUUCGGCAAAAUUUUGGCCCAAAAACAUUGUCUACUACUACUUUGACAGUGGAUUAGGUGCCUCUUUGAAUUUCACAAAUGGUUCUCAUCGUGAACUAUUCCAGGUACAAUCAUGCAGCAGAUUGUGAAAGAUGCGAUGACGUUUUUGGAAACGAGAACCUGCAUCACUUUCAAAGAGAACAGUACGGCCACGAAUCGGGUGAAGGUGAGCCGAAUAUUGAAUACUUACAAUAUCAUACAAUUUGAAGAUUAUCAACGGAGUCGGAUGCUAUUCGAGUGUCGGAAUGCUCGGAGGGGAACAGACGCUUUCGCUGGGAUCCGGAUGCGAACUGGUGAGUGUGAGUGCCACGUGGAAUCCUAUUGCAUCAUCAAAUUAGGUCGGAACAGCAGCUCACGAGUUGUCGCACACUCUGGGAGUGUUCCACUCUCAAAUGAGAUCCGAUCGGGACGAUUACGUGACUGUGGACCUCACCGACGUCCCCUCUUCCUAUCAAUCCAAUUUCGUAAAGUUCACAACUGCCACAUCGACCAACUUGGUCUCGUACGAGUACGGAAGUUUCAUGCAUUACGGAGGGAGGGCGUUCGUCAGCACUGGAGGAGUUGAUUCGAUUGUUCCGAAGGAGUCGUUGAUGAUUUACACGAUGGGCGGCCGGAUUGUCACUUUCAUGGACGUCAAAAUGUUGAACAUUCACUACUCUUGCACUUGUGAGUUCUGUUCUGAAACUACAUAUUAUCGGUUAUUUUCAAGGCAACACAACGUUGAACUGUGGAAACGGCGGCUAUGCGAACCCGGCCUCGUGCAACGAAUGCGUCUGUCCGUACGGCUUCGGAGGAACUCUGUGCACUCAGAAGGCCAAUUACACGUGUGGAAGUGUGCUCACAGCCACCGACACUUGGAAGCAAGAGAAUUUCACUUUUGGAAACUCUUCGAAUUCUGCGACAGCUAGAGCGAGCUUCGUUUAUUGCAAUUAUUGGAUCAAGGUUUGCAUUUCUCGAAGGACGUGCACUAAAUAGUGGCCGUGGCCUAGAAUAUAACCUAGGAUCUUCAUCAACAUACAACUGGUUACCUAGUUUAGGCGCCAGUCGGAAAGUCGAUCCAAUUUCGAAUAGACUCUACCUACAACACUCAAUGCGGAUACGGAUGUACUUUCAAUGGAAUCGAGCCGAAACUGAAAACGGAUCAGACUGUCACUCAGACACGGUAGCCAGUUUGAGCUUGAUAGAACUUGACGGCUCAUUUCAUUUCAGUUACUGUUGUGACGAGUUCAACGGAGACAUCCUGACUGCAGAAGUGAAUCCCUUGCCCGUAUUCUCUUACAACCGAUAUUACAUCACUAAGUACUCGUUCUCGUAUCGAUAUGGUGAGUGUGUGUGUGUGUGUGUGUAGCCAAACAGAAAACAAUAAUAUCUUACAGUGGCCUCGAACGCGAAACUUGCGCCGAUACAGCCGAUAAGGACACUUGCACCGCUCUGAAAUCGGCGAUCGAUCAGGGAUGCAGUGUUUACGACCAGGCACAGCUGAAAGUGAUGUGUGCUGCGAGCAUGGAUCUGUGCGGGAAGACGGCCGAUACAGACUGUGCAGAUCGGUUUUCGACUAGCCAGUGAGUCGCCGAAUCGGAAAAACUGGAUGAUCUUUAUUUGUUUCAGAUGUUCAACGUACUCGGCGAACGGAAUGUGUUCAUCGCAAACGCCGCUCGUUUCAGAGUUCGUUUGCGCUGCCACCUGCGGAUUUUGUAUUAAUCCUGUCUAA